AUGAUUUCCUCUCUUGGUAGGUCCUGGAGGAGUUUGAUACACACUUUUCCAAAGAAUGGGAGAAGAAGUGGUCUUGCAUCGACGAGUUCCAGGCCAUUCGCCAGACGGAUAGAAAUUUCCGAUUUUGGGUACAACCCUCGUACGUCCCUCGCUCAAAACGCAGCACGUGGCAUUGCCACCAAUGGCAAUACGACUUCUAGGAAAGCAUUCAUCCCCUCAACCGAACAGCAGGCUAUAGUGGAGCUCUGCCGUACGCAGAACGUUGUCGUUUCAGCCCGUCCAGGCGCAGGAAAGACGGCCACAGCUGAAGCCAUCGUUGCCGCCAACCCGAACCGACCCAUAGCCAUCAUUACCUACUCCAAACGCCUACAACUUGAUACCGCCCGCCGUUUGGAUGCAUACCCCUGGAGUGAUGUCUUCACAUUUCACGGAUUGGCAGGCCGGCUAUUCGAUACAACUGCAUACAACGAUUCCAUUCUACGCUCAUUGAGGAGAGAGAAAACUGUACCCGCCUGGAGGGGUCAGCCUUACGAGAUAAUAAUCCUAGACGAACUACAAGAUUGCACCGACGACCUAUUUUGGUUGAUAUGCGCCUUCAUAUCGGCUGUGACUCACACAGCGGGUGGCAGGGCUCCUCAGAUCGUCGUACUCGGGGAUGAGCGACAGGCCAUCUACGGGUUUAGAGGCGCUGACCCACGGUACCUGGGUCUUUCUUCCUCGACAAUGAUCGCUAUCUCGCCCUACCCGUGGACCCAUAUGGCAUUGAGCAAGAGUUUUCGACUCAGUCAUGAAAACUCAGCGUUUGUCAAUAACGUGUUUCUCGGAGGCGAGCAAUACGUUGUCGGCUCUCACAACGGACCGAAACCGCUUUACCUGCAUGGAGAUAUUUUCAACAUUAAAAGCAUCGCCCGGCAACUACUCCCGCUUAUUCACCAGUACGGACCUGAGCGCACAGCCAUCCUUGCCCCCUCAGUCCGUAAUUAUAAGCCACUUUCAAUGCUGACCAACCACUUGUCUGAGGUACACCACAUACCGAUCGCCGUGUCUAUCUCGGACGAUGUACCGCUGGAUGAACAAGUCUUGCAGGGCAAGAUGUGUGUGAGCACCUACCACCAGUUCAAGGGAAACGAGCGCGACCUCGUCAUCGUUUAUGGCGUCGAUGCCAGCUACUUUGAUGUUCUAGCCCGGGAUCUCCCAGACGAUACGUGCCCGAACACCACCUUUGUAGCUCUUACUCGAGCAUGUCAACAAAUCGUCAUGAUACACCAUAAACGAGACCGCCCAAUGCCGUUCAUUGACGAGGCGGAACUCUACAAAACAGCUGAUGUCAUCAAUCUUGAACGUAAUGAGGACAUGCUGGAACCAAAAAUUCCGGGCCGCCCGUUACAACUGGGUCUACUUUUAUCUAGAAAGGUGUUUGCAUCGGAUUUGUCACGCCAUGUUCUCGACGAGAUUAUCGAUGAUAUAUGCGCGAAACAUCUGCAUAUCAACCGGGUUGAGCCACCCCUCCCUGAUGAGCUACACAUUGAUGCCCCGGCCAUAGUUCUCACCGACUCUAUCAAACAACACCACGAGGCCGUUAGUGACCUGAAUGGACUUGCUGUGGUGGCAGCCUAUGAACAUGCUCUACUGGGCACUCUUACUACUCUUGACAAAUCCGCAGCAUGGUUGCUGGACCUCCCAUCCGAAACUGAAGAGCAAGCAAUCUGGCUCUGCCGUGAGGCUUGUACAUACGAGGCUCGGGUGUCGGGCUACAAGUCUCGGAAAGUACAGAUGGAGGGGCACCCUUUUGACUGGCUUGGGUCGUACCUCGGCGCAGCCAAAGAUCGACUAGAGGCUCAGUUCCCAAAACCGGUCGUGCUGGACUUUGAGGUCCAAUUAGAAGAGAAAGAGUUUUCGGUAGCCAAUCCCUUGGGAGGUGACGAGCAGAAAACUCAUUUAGUGGGGCGGGCAGACAUCGUUCAGGGGAAACGAGACGUGGGCAAGAUGGAUUCGGUCGACGUGUGCAUCUGGGAGAUCAAAUUCGUUGCUCAGUUGUCACUUCAGCACGUCAUUCAGGCCUGUGUCUAUGCAUACCUUUGGUCUAACCAGCACAAGCGAGACAUUCCACCCCGAAUUAUUUUGUUCAACGUUCGAGACGGAGAGAAGUGGGAGAUUGUCCCACGUGAAGGUGUAGCCAGCUUGAGGAAUGUAGUGGAGGAGACUCUGGUUGCGAAGUAUUCGACUGAACAUACACUGACGACGGAUGAGUUCUUAAAGAAAUGUGCAAAGACAAGGGCCGAGGUUGAGAACAGCCAUGAAAAGGCUGAAUAGUAGGCUUCAUUAGGUUGACAUGUGGUACGAUAUGCGUGUAUUUUUAAAGUAUGACUUGGGCGAGAUAGCUUUCGUGGACUCAACUAUUGUGUAUACUAUCAGCUGCGAGCUCUCAGAGGUACCUACUAAGCGAGCUGUUCCAAGGGAAAAACCGGGAAGACGAUGUUUGAGAUCGAGAUGGAAGUGCUUUAAGCGUGAAGGGACACAACGAACUUCGAUCAAGUUACGUACACUACCAGACGUAGCUAAUCAUUGCCAUGACCAUACUACCGCACUACCGCUUAGUGCUUGGCCUUACCUUCAUUUUCCAUUCGUCUAAAGAUUCAAGAUUAAAAUUUAAUUGUAUAUAAUGAUUUCCUCAACCAAAUCUCAAGUUGAAAAGGCGGAUCUUCAAGACGGUCGCAGAGGAGCCAACUACCAUCAGG